AUGUUUCGCUCUCUCGGACUGUUCGCAUCGGCUCUCUGUCCUGAUCCCUCUUGCCACCGUCCAAAAUGCAUGUUCAAUCACGGAGAGUCGAGUCGAAAGCGCAAGGAGACUGUAGAGGAGAAGGAGCCAGUCACAGGUCAUGAAACUGUCAAGAGCCUCGGGAUCAAUGGUGGCAGAGCGACUUCGACAAGCUCACAGGCUCAACCGAAGCCAGGCUCGAGCAAGGCUGUUCCUACGAAUGCCGCCAAUAGUUUAGGCCAUCACGCACCGGUACUUGCGUCGAAGAAACCACGAGUAGAGGCAGAUGAGACCAAAGGGAAAGGCACGCCGGCAGCUGCCCCUGAGGUUAUCGUCAAUCCAAUGAGACCACCGUCUAUCCCCACCAUCAAUCUCAAGUUGUCACCGCAACCAUACGCCGACAGGCAGAAGGGCCUCCAGACCCUCUUCCAGCAAUACACAAAACUCUAUCGCCCUCUGUUGACGGAGCAUCCUGAUCUUGCCCAUACAUCGGCCCUUCGGCAAGAAGCAGAGACCUCAUCUACUUGCCCGAACAUCAAGACAUACAAAUCAGCCAUUCAUCACGCAGCUGUCUCUGUCUCUCGCCGAGCGGCGCCCGAUUCGCCCACUCAUCCGUCUGUCGGAACGCUUAAAGAGUCCCGAGCAGCUUACGAGAAGUUGGAGAAAGACCUCGCUGGUAGACUGACGAAGGAAAAGGUCGCGCAGUAUCUCUUGCCGCUGGAUCAAUUCAAAAUUUGGGCAUACCCUGAUCCGAGAAACCAAGAUCUUCUGAAUGGAGGCGAUGAGCCAGAUUGCCAAGGGAUCCACCAGACUUGUUCGCGAUGCAAGAAGCCCUUCGUGGUGUCUUCAAAAUAUCUGCAAUCCAGAUCUGGUGAAUGUCAGUUCCAUUAUGGCAAGAUACAGCCUGAACGUAUUGAAGGCAAGCGGAAAUGGAUCUACACUUGUUGUCGUCGAGAGCGAGGAGAAGCAGGAUGCGAGGAGGGUAUUCACGUCUUUACGGACGGGGAUGAUGAUGCCAAACUGGCAAAGAGGAAAGCAUUCAAGACUGUCCAGCAAGUCUGGGAGGAGAGAGGACAAGCGGGGACCGAAGCGAAAAGCAAAAAGGUCGCGGAUGUUGUCGGUAUGGACUGCGAAAUGAUCUACACCACUGGUGGCUCUUCACUUGCGCGUGUCACCGUUGUUGACCAAUCUGGAGUCAUUCUGCUGGAUGAGAAAGUCCGACAGCCUGUACCUAUCCUCGACAUAAACACCAGAUUCUCUGGUCUUCAUCCCGGAGAGCUUGAUGAUGCCGUGAUGGAUCUUGAAGCAGUUCGCUCUGCUGUAUGCGUCUUUGUCGGGCCCGAAUCCGUGAUUGUGGGACACGGGCUCGAGAAUGAUUUGAGAGCAUUGAGGUUACUACACGAUAAGAUCAUUGACACUGCCACGAUCUUUCCUCAUGAUAAAGGUCCGCCUUAUCGACGAGCCCUAAGAGACUUGGUGAAAGAAAAGCUGGGCUACUUUAUUCAAGAGCGGACAGCAGAUCUUGGUCACUCUUCCGCCGAAGAUGCCAAGGCCACUCUGGAAGUUUUGAAAUGGAAAGUCAGGGAUGACGCGGCAUGAAAAUGUAUCAAUAUAAGCCAAUGUCGUCGCAUCCACUGUAUGUGUUGGAAUCCGCCGGCUCUGGAAGGCGUCCUCUGCUCUGCCGUCCAUUGGCAGGCCGAAGCAUGUGUUUUUUUCUAUUUGAGCAUGUAAUCACCGAGCUGUUUGCGAUGCAAGAAAACGUCUCUUAUCACAUGAUCCAGACUACUCAGGCGCCAACAAUCCGGAGGCUGAUCAUUGGGUGAGUAACGGAUUCCAUCUCAGUCAACGAGUGGACCAACAAGACAAGUACAUGACAUGCGAAGUGCGAU